UAAAACGCGACUGAACAUAAUUUCAGAAAUGUGAUCACAACCUCUGAUUUAUUACGAAUCCGUUAUCCUAAGUGAAGGCGCACAAUUCAGGAUCUGGAGCAUAAGGAGUUAAUAUGUAAAACCACCCCUGUCCGGUUCUGAUGUCACGAAAUAUGUGGUGGAUGACAUGCUGUAUUUUACUUGAACGACACGGAAGAGCUUACGGCUAGAGUAGGAGACAGCAGCGUUAUGGCGCAAAUAUGCUAGAUCGGACUUCAGCGAGGGUCACCCGUUUGUGACAGAGCGCACUGUCCUCUGAGCAAUUGACGCCUUUCGGUCUCCCGCGAACACUUGCGGGUUGAACUCAAGUUCAUGUCCUUGUGUUAUUUGUUUUAUUUUAAUGUGAAGGUAGUCUUUGUAAAAGCGAAACGGCGGUUCACGUUGAUCAGAAUAAAUAGACGUUGCUAUUAACUCUUACGAAGCCAUGGGGAACGGAAUGACGAAGAUAAUUGAUGGCCUAUAUCUUGGAAAUAUCAGGGAUUCUGAGAAUAGAGAAAACCUUGCGAAGAGUGGUGUGACACACAUCCUCUCUGUCUACAACAAUGCCAAACCGGUCCUGGAGGAUAUGACAUACCUUUGCAUCCAUGCAGCUGAUGCUUCUAGCCAAAAUCUGUCACAGCAUUUUAAAGAGUGCAUAAGUUUCAUCCACGAGUGUCGGCUAAAUGGAGGAGCUUGCCUGGUGCAUUGUCUGGCUGGAGUGUCUCGCAGCACCACCAUGGUGGUGGCCUACCUGAUGACCGUCACCAGCUACGGCUGGGAGGAUUGCCUCUCCGCCGUCAAGGCCGUGCGAUCUUUCGUGGGGCCCAACUACGGUUUCCAGCAACAGCUUCAAGAGUUCCAGAUGAAACAGGUCUCCGAGUACCGUGACUGGCUGAGGCAAAGUUACCGUCCAAGCCCCUUCAAGGAGCAGGAGCAGGUGGAGGCCCUGCUGACCCUGUACGCUGAGCAGCAGCAGAAGGAGGAGGAGCGCAGGGGAGACCAGUCAUGGAUGAGCCAGACUGCAGGAGCGCACCCUCUACCUCCAUACAACACCUACGGCUCAGGCAGUGACAGCUGAGUCACCAGACUUGCAGACAGGCCUCCUCCUCCAGCUGCCAAGAUGCUGUGCUGAGGUUGCUUCAUCGUGGUCCUCGUUCAGGUCAACCUAAAAGCCCUCCUCCUCUUCCCACACCUGCACCUUGGAUGACUGCCAAAAUGUGAACGUGAAGGAACCCACGCAGUAGAAGCCAACACUACCAGUGUUUAAAGUGUCCUCUAAAUGCUCCUCAGUCCAUGGGCUUUGAGGGAAGGGAUUGAUCAUAUACCUCCUUAUGCCAAAGUGUAGAAGUAGUGUGUUUUGUUUUGUUUUGUUUUGUGUAUGUUGGUUUAAAUCAGGAUUUUUAGCACAGAGAUGGAUAUGGUUUUGCCAGGGAUAUACACGUGGCUGAUUAUAAGUGAAGAGGGCAUUCUUCUCAAGCCUUAUUUCCGUGGCAUUAAAAAAAACAAAUCCCCCACAUCAGCUCUGCUGCCAGAUAUGUUUUCCUGCAUCGAAGGUUAUUCUCAUGUAUAACUCUAGAAUUGUACAUUGUGUACUUACUGUAUGGUACUUACCCAAAUAUGUAAUAUGUACUGUAUAUGUAUCAGAUUAUAAUUUUUUUCCAAUUAACAGUUUAUAAGUUGUAAUUGAAAUAUAUAAAUAUACACUGUGAAAUAAAAUAAGGUCAUUUGUACUCAGCGUUGAAAUUCCAUCCAGGAACACGGGGGGAAGUUCAUUACAGUCUGUCUGUAUUCUUAAUUAGGCCUACAUUAUUCCAAAUUACUUUGCUGUGUAGAAUUGUGACUGUUAACAACUUAAAGAU